AUGCCUCGCCCUAACCUCCCCCCCACACCGGGGUCGCUAUCUGACCUGAAGGGCCAGGACGGCACGCAGAAGCUGGCAUCUCUCAACAUAUCCCUUGAGCUGCCUCCCCCAGCUCUUCAUGAUGUUGCCCGCAUCUCGCCGCCCACAGACCAGCAUGGCCAGAACCAGCUCCCCCCCUCGCCGCAGUCGACAUAUCCCAUGCAGGCCGCCGAGACCGUCAAGGCCCGGAGGCGAUCGUCUACCGCCAAAGAAAACACCUUUGCCCUCCCUCCGCCGCCCACACGAUCUCGCAAGAUUAUUCAGAUGAAGCCUCCCCAAGAUGAGGCCAGUGACAGUACCGUGACAAACGCAACAAACUCGGCGGCAAAGGGAAAAGAGUCGGGCAAGGGCAAGGGAGCUGCGAGUGCGAGCAAGACUCCCGCGACUGGGGCUGCGGGAUCCGGUGGCCAACAAGGGAAGAAGAAGCAGCCUAGUGCGACUAGUGCUGCAGGAAGGAAGAUUGCAAGAAAGACAGCUCACAGCCUGAUCGAGAGGAGGAGGAGAAGCAAAAUGAACGAGGAGUUUGCUCUUCUCAAGAGUAUGAUUCCUGCUUGCACGGGCGAGAUGCACAAAUUGGCCAUUUUACAGGCAUCUAUUGAAUACGUUCGGUACUUGGAAGACUGCGUGUCUAAGCUCAAAGCGCAACACGAUCAAGACCAGAGCCGUGGCCUCGUCAGCCAACUGCCAUCAAUUCGCGAAUUUCACCCUACAUUCCGGGAUGAUACUGCAGACGUUGAAAUGACGGACUCCGAAGCCGUCUCCCCAACGUUUACAGCUGUUCCCGAUCAUCCUAGUAACAUGCACCCUCGCCACCCAUCUGUAUCCCCAGCUCUUUAUGCUCAAGACGCACGGGGCAGACAGCACUCAUACUCGUCAGUUUCAACUGAACAUCGGAACUAUAGCUACAGCUCAUCUGCCGGCACCUCUCCUGCUUUUGGACCACAGACACAGGGCCCUUAUGCUAUAAGUAAUGCGGGCUCGACGUUGACAAGCCCAGCUCUCAACCCCCAGUCAGACCUUGACCAGGAGGCCACCGCAGCUCUGUUAAUGCUGAACAGUGACCGAAGAGGCUACGCUAAGGGUGCAAAUCGACGGACUGUUUCGGUUCGGGACCUCCUGAGUACAUGA